AUGUAGACUUUGGACCUCAUGCGAAGAAUGUCAAUUAUGCACACGAUUGAGAGCACUUUUGAGAAGUUUAUCGAUGAAAAGCGAAACAACUCAGUUCUGAUAGAGGAGGACAUGUAUGCAAAGGAAAAAGAGAAGGAAAAAGAGAAGGAGAGAGAAAGAGAGUCACUGAGAAAGAAGUCUAGCAACUCAAAACUAUUCUUUGACGUGCCAAAGUCUAAUGGCAGUCUCAUGCGAUAUAAUACUCGCAGAAAUGACUUGAAAUUCAAGACUAUGGCUUAGUACAAAGCAGUGCUAAAUGGAGAUAUAUUGACAUUCGAUCUGAUUGGACAAGGUCUAAUGCGAAGACCAUCUAUCAGAGCUCUGGCUUUGGAAAACUCAUCUAUAGAGGAGUUCGAGAGAGGCCUUGAAGAGAAUUAGUCAGACUUUGAUGAAGAGCAGUAGCAGUACAAUAAUAAAAAUCAAAGACCUGCUAGUGCAGGAAGGAACAAAGAUGAUGAUGAGAGGUCGAUGAUACGAUCUAGCAGAGAGUUCUGGGAAGAGAUCAAUACUAAGGACUCUAAGUAUAAAAAUGCCAUUAUCAUUAAAGGGUACAAAACUGAAAACAAUCAAUCAUAAAAUCAUUAAGGGAAUAGAAAGUUGCUUCGAGAUUACGACUAAGAGGAAAGGAAUUUCGUACUUGAAGAGAGACGAAAGAGAAGUACAUUUGUAAGCCAUCAUACAAACAGAGAAGAAUUCCAAAGCAAAAUUGAAAAGAUCCAGCGAGCACAUGAAAUUGAGUUGAAAAACACCAAGACCUUGGCUAAAAACUAUGCAGUGGAGUAUUUCAAGACUAAAGCACUAGAGCUGACUCAAAUCUUUACUAAUGAAAGCUACAAUGUGAUAGAGAAGUAUGAAGAGCUUAAGGAAAAGAUGCUGCAUAAGGACAGUAAAAUUACUUAGCUAAAUUCUGUUAUAACUCGAUAGGAGAAGAUUAUAUCAGAACUUAGAAACUACAUCAAGGAGAAUAUAAGCAAGUUCGUUAUGAAAAUUGAAGCUAACAAGAAGGAGCUCAAUAAGGAACUCACCAAAAGACUAUCAAACUUAAAGAUAGCUCGGGACGAUGAAACAAGAUAUCAAUAUAGAGCAUAGAAGAAUGUGUUUGAUCUAUACAACAGCUAUGUCGAGUUAGUUAAACCCUAGAAAAAGAUCAAGAAAUAUGAAAGGCUUGAAAAUGAGAAUGCCUCCUUGUGGGAACGAGUGCAGUCACUUUAAACUGAAAUAGCAGCAAUCCAAAAUAUUUGUGACAUCUACUUCUAAGAGGAGCAGAGCUUUAAGCAUCGUAUUGAAAAACUAGAGUAAGAGAGAUAUGAAAAUUUGCUUGAGAUUCAGAACUUAAAGUAGGACAUGAAUUCAAAAAGUCGUUAGCAAUAGGACAGGUAUUCGAAGGAUAUUGAAUAUCUAAAGGUUAAGUAUGAUUAGCUAAGAGAGAUAGUUGAUAUAGAAACUAAAGUGAGCUAAGCUAUUGCCAGAGCAGCUACUGAUAGGUUGGCUGUAGUCCAACGAAGGCUUGAUGAGACUAAAAUGGUGAUGAGAACUCCUAGGCUUUACCGUAUAUAUAGGUAAAAGAUGGAGCAGACAUAGAUUCCUCUUAGUGAGCACUAUCAGAGCAAGCACUAUGAAUCUGAGGUAUUAGUCAGACUAAAUGAGCAGGCUUUGAAAAUGCAGCAUAAAAAUAGCUAGGACAACAAUAAUAUCCAGCAAAAUCUGAGUUUUGAUGAUCAUAGCUAUAACAGAAGAAAACUAAGCAUAAACUUGAAUCAGAAUAGCUAUUUGAAUCAGCAUAUGUAUUUGAAUACUAGCACUGAGAAUGCAAUUUAUAAUGCUCAGGGUGGUGGAUAGACUACUUUUCAUACUAGAAAUCUAUCUACCUAGAAUACAAGCCAAAUCUAAGACAUCUCUAAGAUGAUAAAUCUAACAAGAGAUGGCACUCCGAGUGCAGUCUUUAAACGUCGUAAUCAUAGUUUGCAAUAAAAUCAGACUCUUAAUUUCCAUAGACCGAAUACUACUGCUUCUAAUCCUAAAAGACGCAAUAUAGGCGGACUAAAUUAUACAAUAGAUCAUCCAUACCCUAUGAGCAACAAAAUGUAGGCCUUCCAAAAUAUGUUCGUUAAUCAUAAUAAUAGUACGUAAUAUCAAGACUCUCUACUUUGA